AUGUUCAGUCAAUAUCAGAUCUUCGAACAAUCUUCCUUCGCGAAUGAAAUAGGUGCUGCCAUCCAUCUGUGUCCAAAUGCAUCUCGAGUUCUUCUACGAUGGGGCCUAGACGCGGAGAAAGCGCGCUUCGAUGUUACUCAAUCUGGACUGACGGCUCGGGCCAAUAGCCUGGAUCCAAUAUACGAAGCAGAUUAUCACAAGAUCAAGACGAAAUACUCCGCGCCAUGGUACUUAUCUCAUCGUGUUGAUCUUCACAACACUCUGAAGGAUCUAGCCACGAAAGACCUCGGUAAGGGGCCUGCAGGCACAAUCAGACUGCGUUCAAAGGUCGUCGAAAUCGACCCAGACUCCGCUACUGUCACCCUCGCAGACGGCACAUCACACAACGCUGAUAUCAUAAUUGCCGCGGACGGAGUCCACAGCAGAGCCGUCAGUAAAGUGAUUGGGCAUGAGAAUCCCGCCGCCCCAACAGGUUUCUCUGCAUUUCGGUUCCUGAUACCCACGGAAGAACUUCUCGCAAAUGAGAAGACCAAACACUUCCUUGAUGGCAAGGAAGGCCAGUUUAAGAUAUUUGUUGGAGAGGGGGGAGACGAUUGGUGUACUACCCUUGUCGAGCAAUGGAACAUCAGCGCCAAAACCUCCGAUGUGCUUGAGGAGUUCCGAUCAUUCCACUCGGAUCUCGUGGCCACCAUGAGCAAAGCAACAGACGUCAAGCUCUGGAAGCUCCUCUACCGCGAGCCAAUCCCCACAUGGCAUCGGAAACGGCUGCUGCUUAUUGGGGACGCAGCGCAUCCGAUGCUACCUCAUCAGGGCCAAGCAGGUGCCCAAGCCAUCGAAGACGGCGCCGCGAUUGGCGUUCUUCUCAGCGGCCUCCAAGUCCCCCCCUCCCCUCCCCCCUCGGCCGAUUUACUACGUUUCGAUCUGAAUACCGAGAUCGAGAGAAAACUUGAAGCCUUUGAGACGGUGAGGAGGAAGAGGGCGAGUUUGAUGCAGAUUUUUAGCAAUGCGGGGCAGGAUGAGGCGGAGAAGGUUAGAGAGGAGGCGGGUAAUCAGGCGGAGUUCCAUGAGUUCAAUUUUGGGCAUGAUGUUCUGGGGGAGAGCGAGAGGGUGUUGGGGGCUUUGUGA